AUGCAUUCUAUUAAAUGUUUGCUGGUAUUUGUGAGCAUAACUUCAACUUUUUGUGAAAAAUCUGCAAUUAAGCCAGAAAAUGACGACAUUGAAGUAGUUUCGACAGCAAUUGCAGAAGUUUGUGUAGAAUUUUUCAUCAAAAAAUCAAUAAAUUUUGACAUAGUUCUGUAUAGUGACGUAGAUCGUCAUCUAAGUGACAUCAUUGAUAGUUUAGUCAAGAAAAUAACUCGAAAUUAUUCAAUAAAUUUACUUAAAAUAAAAAAUGUGACUUUGUGGGAUCAUUUGGUCCUGAAAUCAACUGUUGUUCUACUUAAAGACUCGAUUGACUUCGAAAUUUUCCAAAAUCGAGUCAAAUCGCCGAGACACAACAACCAAGAAUCAACAAUUGUGAUCUAUGUGGACCAAACUCAACAAGAACCUGAAAUAUCAUUCGAAUCUAACCAAUCAUUUUACAUGACCAACUUCUUUUUUCUCUUAAACCAAGAAUUAACUUUGAAUCUUGAGUCGAUUAUCUUUUUUAGUCCUACUUUGUGUGGUUCAACACAAACUCAACUUGGCAAUAGCUUCAAUAAAUCCACAGCUCAGUGGACAUAUGUUCUUAAGUUUCAUCAUAAAUUUGAAAAUUUAUACAAAUGUCCUUUAGGUUUUGCUCAUUUCUUCAGCAAGUAUCUUUAUUUUAAGGACGAACACAAAUUUAUGCUUCAACACGCCUCAAAUCGAGCUGAAAAGGUUGAAAUAAUCAAGUUUCUUUCAAGCACGGAAAAUUUUUAUGGAUUUUCAGUUGACAUGGCUGAAAUUAUGUCAAAAAUCAUGAACUUUACUCCAUUUUAUCAUCGGUACGAAGUUAGUUAUGAAGAUUUGGAUUUGAGGACGAUUGACACAAUUUCUGAUGACUUUUACAAUGAAGAUUAUGAAACUCGGUUCACAAACUAUCCAGCUGACUUUUCUUUAGUCCUUAUUACAAACAAACUUGAUUUCAACAAGUCUGGAUUCUUUCUGAACCCAUUCAACUUCCACACCUGGAUUGCUGUCUUAACCUCACUUUUUGUAGCUUGUAUUGUGAUUUUCUACAUGAAUUUGAGGUUAGGAAUUGUCAGGAUUCGACCACGCAAGGAUCUCACAAGACCAGUACUGAAUGUCCUUCAAAUUGUCUUUGGGUGUCCUCAAAAGAAACUUCCAAGCGCAAAUUUCGGACGGUUUUUCGUUAUUUCAUUUAUUGGACUAUGCCUUUUGCUGAGGAUUUGUUAUUGGAGUCAACUUGUUAGAUUUAUGGCACUUGGAGUCAAUAAACAAGAACUCAAGACUGUUGAGGACCUAAUUGAUAAAAAUUACACGAUUUAUUCCUGUCACAGGAAGUCUUUACGUAAAAAAAUAAGAUUACCUAAUUUUAAAAUCAACCAACUCUGUCAAAACUCAGUUGAGUUUGCAUGCGAGACACUUGAAAAUGCAGAUACCAAUAUUGGAUUUAUUAUCAUUAAGGAAACUAUUCAGACAUACAUCGAUACAUGCGAAGAGCUUUUUACUUUACAGGAACAUUUUGAAAUUAAUCUUGACAUGACUGUAUUUCUGAUGAGCUCAAAAAGUAUUUCUUAUGAUACAUUCAAUGAAGUUUUGAGGAAAUUGACACCAGCUGGAAUUCCUCAAUAUUUAUUGGCUUAUCACACAUCGGCUUUGUAUGGAACGGACAGAAAAAUUGAAGAAAAAGAAUCUGGAAAAUCAUCAUUCGAUGACAUGAAUAAAUUUUUGUUGGUAUUUUUGUGCAUAACUUCAUUAUUUUGUGAAAAAAUAGAAAUUGAGUCAGAAGUUGAAGACAUUGAUGUAGUUUCGACAGCAAUUGCUGAAGUUUGUGUGGAAUUUUUCAUCAAAAAAUCGAUAAAUUUUGACAUCAUACUGUAUGGUCAUGUAGAUAGUCAUUUAAGUGACAUUCUUGAUGGUUUAGUCAAUAAAUUAGUUCAAAAUAAUUCAACAAACCUGCGUAAAAUAGAAAAUGUGACUUUUUGGGAUCAUUUGGUCCUCAAAUCAUCUGUGGUUCUACUAAAAGACUCGAUUGAUUUCGGAAACUUCUUAAAUCGAGUUAAGUCACCAAAACACAACAACAAGGAAUCAACAAUUGUGAUCUAUGUGGACCAAGCUCAACAAGAACCUAAGAUAAUAUUUGAACCUAAUCGAAUCUUCUUCAUGGCCAACUUUUUCUUCCUCUUGAACCGUGAAUUAACAUUGACUCUUAGUUCCUUUACCUUUUUCAGUCCUGCUCUGUGUGGCAAAACGCAAGCUCGAUUUGACAAUAGCUUCAAUAAGUCCAUAGCUCAAUGGGCACAUAAACUUCAAGCUUAUCAUAAAUUUAAAAAUUUACACAAAUGUCCUUUGGGUUUUGGUCAUGUCUUCAGCAAAUAUCUUUAUUUUAAGGAUGAGUACAAGCAGACUUUGCAUGCAAAUGAUAAGCUUUUGUUACGCAAGUUCCUGUCAAAAUCUGAAAAAUAUUAUGGAUUUUUAGUUGACAUGGCUGAAAUUAUGUCAAAAGUCAUGAACUUUACUCCAUUUUAUCAUCGAUUUGAGUUUGGUGAUCAUGAUUUCCAUAUUGACACAAUUUCUGAUGACUUUUUGGGAGAAGUUUAUCAAAAUUGGUUCACAAACUAUCAGACUGGCUUUUCUGCAGUCCUCAUCACCAACAAAUUGAAUUUUGACUAUUCUGGCUUCUUGCUGGACCCAUUCAACUUCCACACCUGGAUGGCUGUCUUAACCUCACUUUUUGUAGCUUGUAUUGUGAUUUUCUACAUGAAUUUGAGGCAAAAUGUUAACAUCAUUGAGUCCUGUGAGAAUUCCAUAAAAUUUACAUGUCAGGCACCUGAACUUGAAGAAUCGAGUGUGAAGGAACCUAAAAUUCAAGAAUCGAGUGUUAAGGCACCUGAAAUUCAAGAAUCGAGUGUGAAGGGACCUAAAACUCAAGAAUCGAGUGUGAAGAGACCUAAAAUUCAAGAAUCGAGUGUGAAGGCACCUGAAAUUUAA